AUGAGGAAUUUAGCGUGCAUUGUUUUAAUUUUGGUCACAAUUACUAAUCGUGGAACAAAUAUUGCAAAUGCUGAAGAAGAAGUAGUUGAAGUAGAACUUGAAUGGAAUUGGGAAGCAGGAGUGCCACACUAUCCACAUCCAAAAUACAGUGAUGAUGAUGAAGUUUUGUUCUUUCCUCGGAUUAUUGGUGGAACUCCAGCAUUCCAUGGCGAGUUUUUAGCAAAAAUAUCACUUCAGACACGUCGCGGACAUCAUUUUUGUGGUGGAUCAAUUAUAGAUCUUCGUCACGUAUUGACAGCAGCGCAUUGCCUCACUGAGCUUGAUGGACGAGUUAUUCAUCCAAAUGAUAUACGAUUGAUGGGCGAUGAUUUAUCCAUAGAUUCCCGUGGCGCACGUACUCGGCAGAUCAGAUUUGCUACGCAUAUUUUUGCAUAUCCAAAUUACCAUGCUUUAACACUUGAGAAUGAUAUUGCCGUUGUGAGAGUUUCCGUUGCUUUCCAUCAAACGCCUACACUUCAGCCAAUGCCACGUUCUAGAAUGACUCCAAAUCCAAAUGAAGUUUGUCAGUUGGCUGGAUGGGGUGUCAUCCAUGAGGACAGAAAUAGGCCACAUCCAGUUCUGCUGCGAGUUGAACUUGAUGUGAUUAGUAUGGACUUUUGUAAUGGAACUAGCUCGUAUAAUGGAUUGAUUCCUGCUAAUACUAUUUGUGCUGGUACUAUGGAUGGAUCUCGUGAUGCAUGCUUUGGAGACUCCGGAGGUGGCUUGAUAUGCAGCAACCAAAUCGCUGGAGUUGUAUCAUUUGGGUUCGGAUGCGGUAGAAGAAACUUCCCAGGUAUCUAUGCAGACGUUUCACGCUACAAUGUCUGGAUUAAUGAAUGCAUUGAUUCUAAUUUGCCUCAUGAGGAUAUCCCAAGACCACCAAUAAUAUCAAAUUCUGUUGGGAAAUUUCAUCCACCCACUAAGUAUCUGUUGGUAAUGAUUGCAGCUGCAGUAUGGAUGAUUUUCAAUAAAGUUUGA